AUGGCAGCCGGUCUUAAGCAGCUCUCUAAUGCUCUCGCCACCGUCGAUCAGCUUUCGAAUUCAUCCUCGUCAAUCGAUGGCGUACCCUCCGAUCUUGAAACAUCGAUCCGCUGUGCUGGAGCGCAGCUCACGCAGGCCGCUGGCGUGCUACUUGGUUUAUCGCAAGACAUCAUCGCCCAGGCGAUUGUAAUUUUCACACGGUUCUGGCUGGGAGCAGAUGGAGGAAGCUUACGAAUCUACUCGGCCAAGGAUGUUUCAGCAGCUUCACUCUACCUGACAGCCAAGCUAUCUUUUCUUCCGACCUCCCCGCGCUCCGUUCUAAACGUAUAUACCCUCCUUCUCUCGCAAGAUGCCUCACCACUGUGGUUUGUGAACCCGCGUGGGGCACCCGCACAGCCUCCUGCUCCAGAGACCUACGUCCUCUCGGAGGGUGGAUACCAGUCCGCCAGGCUGACACUUUUACGCAUCGAGUCGAUCAUCCUACGAGCUCUUGGUUUCGAUACACAUGUCGCUCUGCCCCACGCUAUCGCCCUCACCUAUCUGCAAACAUUGGGUGCGACAAGACCUGCCGUCGCUCACCGCGUCGUGGAGCACCUCAACGCCGCCCUCCUGUCUCCCCAACUACUUUAUGUAACACACCAACCGAAUGCGCUCGCAGUUGCAGCGAUCUAUCUCGCAGCUCGUGAGGAGGGAUUUAAGCUGGUAGAUGCUAAUUGGUGGGAGGUUUUCGACGUUGAUCGUGAAGAGCUCGGGUUUCUAGUUGUGGCCAUGAGAAGCUUAGAAAGUUUCGUGCGGAAAGAAACAGAGAAGUGGAAGAACAGGAAGAUUCCUCUGGUGGUGGAUGAUCUGGAGUCAGAGAUCGAGCGGCGGCGAAUGAUGGAUGAAGGCGAGUGA